UUCAACAAAUAAUGCACACCCCUCUUCAAUGCUUGUGAAAUUCAAGAUGGUGGAUAAUGAUGUAAACAAACUGCAAAUGUAGAGCAAAAAUUGAAAAAAAGAUGAAGAUUGCCGUCUUAGGUUGUGGGAUUCUGGGGCCAAAAAUAGCGGGUGAGCUAGCCUACCAUGGUCAUCGAGUGAAGAUAUGGGACGUCAGCAUCCCAGCACUGAACGCUGUGUAUAACAUUAUAGAAGACGACAAGAAGCAACUGAGGGAGGAUGGACUUCUUUUCCAGAAGAACUUUGUGGGCCAGGUUAUGUGCAUGAGUCGUUUGGAAGAAACUGUAAAUGACGCUGACUUUAUUUUUGAGGCUGUGAAGGAGGAUAUGGAGAUCAAGAAAGAUCUUUUAGAGAGAGUGUCUCACCUAUGUCGAGGUGACACAGUGAUUGGCAGUUGCACACUGCGACUCAAGAUUGAUGAUGUCAUGGCUGGAGUAAUGAACAAGGAGAGAUCUCUUGGACUGAGAUUUCUCUAUCCAGUGUACUACAUUCCUGAGGUUGAAAUCAAUCCGGCCAGCUUUACUUCACAAAAAUCAAUGCAACGAGUUCGCUUGAUGUUAGAAAAGAUGGGGAAGACAUUGUUUUUUCGAUCUGGAAAUCAUCCUUUGAUUUUGUCUGAAGAACAGAGAGAAGAAAGGAAAGCUUUGAGGGCAGAGCAGCUCCUGAGUUCAUCCGGAAUUCCCUGCAUGUUUGAGAAGAAGAUCCCAGUGUUGUCCCACGAGGGUAAUACAGCCCCAGUGAAGGAGUCUCGGCGUGACCCAACGCCAGCUGACACAGAGUGCGGGAUCUGUAUGAACAGAGUGCGAGACUGUCUGCUGUGUCCCUGUCAUCACAUGAUCACCUGCUACGAGUGCUCCAAAAUGUUACAUAACCGACGGGACGGGUGUCCUAUCUGUAGAAAGGACAUCACAGAGGUCAUUCGAGUUUACCAUUCCUAAUGCUGUGCUAUUCCAGCCAUAAUGCUAUGCUUGUAUUGGGAAUCCCAGAGAUUAAAUUUUUUAAUUUACUUUUUUUUUUAAAUUUUAGUUUAUGAAAUACAUGUAAUGUUUUAUACAUUUAUUUUUAAUAUUUAGUGGGAGGGGAAAGAGAUAAAUGACCUGCAUGUUCGGUUAGGAGGGUUCAGGGGUCAGACAUAUAUUUUUAUAACACCAAAUUAUAUGUACCGGUACCAAUUAUAUAUAUUUGUCUAGUCUAAGGGGCAUUGUGACAGUUAGAUAAUUAGUGAAGUCUAGCUUUCUAUAUGUGUAUUUCUAUGACCUUUUACUGGCCUGACUACUGUUUAAAGGAAUUUAGAGGCAAAAUUAUAAAUAUUCUUGCUUUUAUUUCAGACACUUAUUAAUCAUUUAUUGGUUUUUUCUUAGUAUAGUAUACAUGUAAAUACUAUCUGUAUGUUGUCAUGAAAAAAACUAAAGACCCACCUGUACUGUGUCACAUGUAUAUUACGGCUGUUUUACAGAACUUUUGAUCCCAAUAUAGAGUCUUUCACAAGCACUUUGUACAUGUAUCUUAUUGUUGCAUUUAUUUAUUAAAUAUGUUUUUAUUUAAAAA